AUGGAUGAUGGCGACCAAGAUGGCGACCAAGAUGGCGACCAAGAUGGCGACCAAGAUGGCGACCAAGAUGGCGACCAAGAUGGCGACCAAGAUGGCGACCAAGAUGGCGACCAAGAUGGCGACCAAGAUGGCGUCGGCAACAACAACGAAAAUUCUGAAAAUGACAAUAUGGAUUACUAUGAUGAUUACUAUGACGGUUAUGACGAAUUCGUCAACCAGAGUAAGCUCUCUUCAUUAGACGAUGAUGAUAACGUCUGUGAUGUUGAUUAUGACGAUGUUUACGAUUUGUAUGACGUCAGUGAUGACGACGACGAAGAUGAUGAUAAGAACAUGACCGACGGAUUGGAGAUUCCCGUUCUGAAUGAUAAGUGCGAGGAAUUCCGUAGAUUUCGCGACCAGAAUGCUCAUCAACAACAACAUCACCAUAACAACAUCAACAACAACAUCAACAACAUCAACAACGAACGUAGUCUAACAUGGCUAAACAACAACAACAACAACAAUCACUACGACAUACUGAGCGGGGUUAAAGUUCAUGGCGGGAAAUCAAAUGAUGAUAAUGAUGGCGAAUACCUUAACCCCAUUGGCUGCAUUGCAACAGCCAGCAACAGUCGUUUUGGCGAGAAAAUGAAUGACAUUUUUGGCGGGAAUAAUAUUGGCGGGAAAAUUGACCCCAAUAUGUGGGACGACGACGACGGAUAUGCUUUCCCCGCUGACUGUGGUGAUGGUAAUGAUGAUGUGAAAGUCAGCGGUGGUGAUGAUGAUGAUGAGGAAGACAUUAAUGAUGUUGAUGAUAACAACCUUAAUAAAAACAACAACAAUAAUAAUAAUAAUAACAACAACAACAAUAAUAAUGGUGUCUACGACCAGACUAAAGAUUGUGUCGAAUUACAUGAUUACGGUGCUGAUAACGAUACGCAACAUGGUGGUGAUGAUGGUGAUAAUGUUGAUGGUGCAGUUGCAAAUGAUGUUCAACAAGGUGGUGAUGAUAACGAUGCCGUUGCUAUUGGCGGUGAUGAUAAUGAUGCAGCAGCAAAUGGAGGUGAUGAUAAUGAUAGAAGUGGUAAGAAGAAAAAUGGCGGAAAAUUCGGAAAGUUGAGAAAAUACUGGAGGUCACUUGGAAGGAGAUUUUUUAAAAGUUAA